AUGCUACCUGGGGUUUUGUCAAUAAAAGAUUCAAUCGUGAAGAUAUAUUUUCAUAUCUAUCUAUCUAUCCGUCUGUCUGUCUGGCUAUCUAAGUUAAUAUCUAUCUUUCUAUUUGUCUAUCUCUUCAUUCAUAACUAUCUAUCUCAAUCUGUUAUCUAUCUAUCUAUCUAUCUAUUUUCUAUCUAUCUAUUUUCCUCUCUAAAUAUAUAUAUAUAUAUAUAUAUAUAUAUAUAUAUAUAUAUAUAUAUAUAUCAACCUGUUCAUUUUCUAUCUAUAUAUCUUUCACAACCUGUUUGUUAUCUAUCAUUCUCAACCUGUUCAUUUUCUUCCUUUCUUUCUUUCUUUUUCUAUCUAUCUAUCUAUCUAUCUAUCUAUCUAUCUAUCUAUCUAUCUAUCUAUCUAUCUAUCUAUCUAUCUAACAGAAUCUGUUCAUUAUCUAUGUUCAAAAUUCUACGGGUGCGCAGAUACAGUUGCAGAUUAAGCAUAGAACACCGUCUGUCGAGGAUAAAAAACACUCACCUUCCUGUAUCUCUCGUGGCUUGCCUCGAGAUGCUGCAACAAGCGCGCUACAAAAAUCACGUUAUCUAUCUAUCUAUCUAUCUAUCUAUCUAUCUAUCUAUCUAUCUGCUGAAAUCUAUUAAUCUAUAUCAAUCUGUUCAAAUCUAUCUAUCUAUCUAUCUAUCUAUCUAUCUAUCUAUCUAUCUAUCUAUCUAUCUAUCUACUAUUCAAUGA